CUUUCUUUGAAGAAGCAAGUUAAAGUAUAGAUGUUUUCAUUAACCAUGUGUUUGAAGUCUCUUUUAAGUUCAUCUUUGCAUCGCUUCAUCCAUGAAGAUUUCCAUAGCGUCGUUGCUUCCAUGAGUAUCAUCGACACUUUUCUUUUCCUCAUUAUGCACACCAUUGAUAAGCUCGGCAUAUGGCCUAAGUUACCAGUACUUUUAGGUUUGGUUUAUCUGGUUAUCCGGCGGCACCUUCACCAGAAGUACAACUUAAUCAAUGUCGGAGUAACUCCGGUUGGUGUUCGAUUUAACCCUGCAGAUUAUCCUUACAGAACUGAGGAUGGAAAGUAUAAUGAUCCCUUCAAUGAGAAUGCAGGCAGCCAAGGAACCUUUUUCGGCAGAAACAUUCUCCCUGUUCACCAGAAACAUAAGCUUCUGAAACCUGAUCCAGCUAUGGUUGUCACAAAACUUCUGGCAAGGAGAAAGUUAAUAGACACAGGAAAACAAUUCAAUAUGAUAGCAGCUUCUUGGGCUCAGUUUAUGAUCCAUGAUUGGGUUGAUCACUUGGAGGAUACCAAACAGAUUGAGCUGAUUGCACCUAAACAAGUUGCAAGUCAAUGUCCUCUUCAUUCUUUCAAGUUCUUCAAGACAAAGGAAGCUCACACUGGCUUCUAUGAUAUCAAGACUGGCACAUUGAAUAUUCGUACGUCUUGGUGGGAUGGAAGUGUUAUAUAUGGGAACAAUGCAGAAAGAUUGCAGCAAGUGAGAACAUUCAUAGAUGGGAAGCUCAAAAUAUCAGAAGAAGGUCUUCUUAUACAUGACUGUAAUGGGAUUGCUGUGUCUGGAGAUGUUCGCAAUAGUUGGAUAGGCGUCUCCACAUUGCAAGCCCUUUUUAUCAAGGAGCAUAAUGCAGUCUGUGAUGCUCUCAUGAAGGAAAAUCCACAUUUGAGAGACGAGGAAUUAUACAGGUAUGCAAGAUUGGUGACCUCUGCUGUGAUUGCAAAGAUUCAUACCAUUGAUUGGUCGGUAAAGCUUUUGAAAACUGAUACAUUGUUGGCUGCAAUGCGUGCAAACUGGUACGGAUUGUUGGGAAAGAAAUUCAAGGACAGAUUUGGGCACGUUGGAGGAGCCAUAUUGGGAGGUCUUGUGGGUCUUAAGAAACCUGAAAAUUAUGGUGUCCCUUAUUCUUUGACUGAGGAAUUUGUUGGCGUUUACAGAAUGCAUUCACUCCUACCUGAUCAUCUUGCUAUUAGGGACACUACUUCUGAACCUGGACCAAACAAAUCUCCACCGUUGAUCCAAGAGAUUCCUAUGGAGAACCUGAUAGGCCUAAAAGGAGAAACGGUUCUACCAGAGAUUGGAUUCACUAGGCAAUUGGUCUCAAUGGGUCACCAAGCCUGUGGAGCCCUAAAGCUCUGGAAUUAUCCUACAUGGCUCAGGGACCUUGUAGUGCAUGAUGUAGAUGGCCAUGAGAGGCUUCAUCACGUAGACCUACCAGUUCUUGAAGUUUACAGGGACAGAGAGAGGAACGUUGCAAGGUAUAAUCAGUUUCGUAGAGGUCUAAUGAUGAUACCCAUAUCGAAAUGGGAAGAUCUGACGGAUGAUAAAGAAGCUAUUCAGGUACUAAAUGAGGUGUAUGGUGAUGAUGUAGAAGAACUUGAUCUUCUAGUGGGUCUCAUGGCAGAGAAAAAGAUCAAAGGAUUUGCAAUUAGUGAGACUGCAUUUUUCACAUUCAUUCUCAUGGCAUCAAGGAGGCUGGAGGCUGACAGGUUCUUCACAAGCAAUUUCAACAAGGAAACAUACACAGUGAAGGGACUUGAAUGGGUGAAUACUACAGAAAGUCUAAAGGAUGUGAUAGAUCGUCAUUACCCAGAAAUAACAAAGAAAUGGAUGAACUCUACAAGUGCAUUCUCUGUGUGGGACUCUCCUCCUGAAUCUCAGAAUCCCAUUCCUCUUUAUCUUCGUGUUCCGCAGUGAUCUUAAAAGUUCAUGUGAGAAGAAAUGCAAAUGGAUUCGCUCAGUAAUAAAUAAAAGCCUUUAAAUUUCCUCAGCUGUAGUGCCUUUGUUUGCCAAAUAUAUACUUUUUUUGUGAAAAUUGGAAUAGCUCUUCCGAUAAAUAAAGCUAUGUUGCCUUUCCUAU